CAAGGGAAAUAAAUAUGUUUGGGUGCAUUUGAUGCGGAGCUUGUGGAUGCUUAAAAAAAAAAGCAAUGCUUUCUUUUUUAACAUCAAAGGAUAGUUCAGUAGUUUAAAAUGUCAUGUCUAGUUUUAUUUAAAUAACGAACUAAUGUUAAGAGAAUUACUAGUCAAAAAAAAGGACCAAAACCAAAGCAAAGUUCUGUCUUAAAAUGACUCCAAUCAAAGCCUUUUAGUUUUAUGGAAGUCUUUAGAGAGAGCGUGGCGAUUAUUUAAACUAGAGAUGAGAUUUGGAGCCAGUGCAUCACCGAUGGUCUCCCCGAAUAAAACCGCAAAGCAUCUGAAGCGUUUCCAAUCAGACUUUGCUUUUAUGUGAAAAGGCACCUGGAAGGCACGAGCAAUCUAAGCUGCUGCUAAUAACCGAGCAUCUGAAAGGAUCGGUUUUGUUUUCAAGCUCGACAGAAAAUAUUAAGGAGUUUAAAACUCCUUGAAAUUGUAAUAUAUUCAGGAUUUACAAAAACCGGGGUAGAUAUUUUAGAGUAGUUUAAUCCUAUUUGCCGUUUUCUGCACCUGCAUAAACAAUUCAGUAAUGAAAUGACACUUGGUUCACAUUUCCUGAGUUGGCACUUCUUUUACUGUGGACUUGACUGUCAGAACAAGUGAGAAAGUCAAAUAACGACAUCUCUGAAAUUUAUUUACUGCUCAUUAUGUCCUAGAUUAUAUGAACUGUAACUGGGGCCCCAAAUUAAAUUCUGCUGAGGGCCCCAUAGAUUCUUGAUUCGCCUCCGUUUUGUAGCAGACAGUAUUUACUUUGUGAAUGUUUGGCACAUGUUCCAUUCUCUGUCUCUUUCACAUAAGAAUACCACUGGCGGCACAAUGACUCUUACCUUCCAAUCAAUUCGGUUCAGACAUGACAGGAGUUUAAAGGUUCAUGAAGUAGCAUUUCCAUAAACUGCAAUUCGAGAAAAGAGCUAUUAUUUAAUAGAAUAAAAGUCGACUGUUGUCUUGAUCCCUAUCUGAAUUAUAAUUAGAUUGAGAAUCCUGAUCCAACUAUCGCUCCAAGUAAAGAUGCCAAAAGAAAUAUGGAUAUCAUCUUAUAAUUUUCUUUUUUUAUGUGAAAAGUGUUUUCUGACUAUGUGCUUUGCAAAUGUAUUGCACACAAAAUACUGAAAGAUAUAUUUGGAAAUAAAUGAAGCAGAUCAUUUUACGAGACUUAAUAAUAAUAAUAAUAAAAAUGCUACUCAGUUGUUAGCAUUUUAGAAACAUGCCACGGCUGCGUCAAAGUUAUUUCCUUCAAAACUAAACCUCUUUUCUCUUAUUUCCUUUGUUGGGUGAGGUGCUUUAAACAUUUCGCAAUGAUUUGAGGAACAGAUAGAAAUCUCUUCUUUUUAAUAUUGGUUUCACUUCCCUGAACAGUCAAGUAGACAGAAAGGUCAGAAGUCUCUCCUGCUACGCUAGGAAGGUUUGCUUUCAAACGUUUUUCCUGCUCUGAUUGAUUCACUUUGGUCGGUCAUGGAAAAAUAUGUCUCUCUCGUCCGAGACGCAGUAAGUGAAAUUUGGGCGACAGACCAAACAUCGGACAUAACUAACUUUGUAAAGUGUCCCUCUGCGUUGACUACCAAAAUACCUCGCCAGCCCAUUAACUAAUAAAGCAAGUUACAACACUGAGGUUCUCUGUGAGAACAAGACACGUAAGCGAAUUAGCCGUUUACGGUGAGACUUUCUGCAACCAGCUCUCGCUUCGCAGCAACAAAGACUUAAAAAUAGCUUUACUGCACUUAUUUUAUGAGAAACUUAAAGAUUAACUAUCUACGUUUAAAACAGUGAAUGAAUGAGAAAAGGCUUGCUUAAGACGGCAUUAAGAGAAGUUAUUUAAAACCGUCCACUGGGGAAACAAGAGUCAAUUGUGCUGCCACAACCCCUGAAGCAGGCAGGCAGUAGAAGACUUUGGGAAGCGACCACCGAUUGGUCAGCCUGAAAGAAAAAGGGGUGGAGUAGAUGAAUUAGUGGACGUCCGCUUAAAGGCAGACGUCCUGCAGUGAUCAAACCCUGAAUGAUCCAACAGUCUGCCGUUUGAAGUGAUUAUCAUGCUACGCAACAUAAAGGCUUACAUCCAGCUGUGGGGCUAAUUAGUUCACUUAGGGCCCUUUAUAAAACACUGCUAGGUGACUGGAAGGGACAACCGGUCACUGGGAAGUCAGUAGUUUGACAGGACAGCAGUAGCAACAGACCUGGAUCCCUAAAGCUGACCUACUGGAUCACCUGCUUUUCUAAGAAUGCCACACUUAAGUGACUGCAGCUACUACAAAAUGCGGGACGCAACCAGAGCUUCAAAAGUACAAAGCCACCUGGAAAACUCCAAGUUCCACCUUCAUCAAAGCCAAAACCAGCCUGUGAAGCAAUACCUGACACUGGGCUCCAAGCUGGCCUCUUCCACCGGAUCCGGUCACGCUGUACCGCAUCCACACGCCCCCGGCCAGCCGCUGGCCACUGUACCAAUCAUGAGGAACGGACAUAUGCCCGCCGUCAGUGACGGAAGCAGCCCCAACAGCCCGGUCACCCUGCUCACGAUGGGCAACCACGAAGGCGAGUUUCCGAUGGAUGAAGUUAUUGAUGACCUAAUUAGUCUUGAAUCCGGCUUCAAUGAUGGAGGCCUGGAUUGCAUGGAGCCUAACAUCAUAAUGCAAAGCAAUGUCUCCCUCAGCAACAGCAUGCUGGACGUCUAUGGGGGUGAACAAGGUAUGAACCCCCCUAAUGGUGGAAUGAGUCCCACAUCUAACACCACAAAGCUCACUGUUAAAAGGGAAUUUACAGAGCAUGACACGCGGGUUAUGGCCAAAGAGAGACAGAAAAAGGACAAUCAUAAUUUGAUUGAAAGAAGGCGAAGAUACAACAUUAACUACAGGAUUAAGGAGCUGGGGACGCUCAUUCCAAAGUCAAAUGACCCUGACAUGCGGUGGAACAAAGGCACCAUCCUGAAGGCCUCGGUGGAGUACAUAAGGUGGCUACAGAAGGAGCAGCAGCAUGCUCGGGAACUCGAAAGCCGUCAAAAGAAGCUGGAGCAAGCCAACAGGAGGCUGCUGCUGAGGAUCCAGGAGCUUGAAAUCCAGGCACGAGCACAUGGACUCCCGAAUAUGGCCACUGCCUUGGGGACAGUUGAACUGUCCUCCCACCUGCUCAAACAGCAACAGCAGCAAUCCCCAUCGCAGGUACAGCAACAGCAGCCACAACAGCCACCCAUCUACCAGGAGGACCCCAACAGCGACUACCUCCAGAGGAUAGCCGUGGUGACGGGCGUGCCGUCCAUCGCCACGGCGAGCGGCCCGCAGGACCACAUCCAGGGCGCCGACGCCUGCACCACGUUCUCCGACCCGCUCUCCCAUUUCACAGACUUCUUCACCGCCACGCUCAAGGAGGAGAACCAGCUGGACGAAAUCCUGAUGGACGACCCGCUCUCACCGUUCGGCGCCGAUCCGCUCCUGUCCGCCGGAUCCCCAGGGGCUGCUUCCAAGGACAGCAGCCGAAGGAGUAGCUUCAGCUCCGCUGAGGCCGAUGACCUAUAAGGGCCCUUCAACUUUGGUAUAGCCCAAUGACUGCACAGGUCAAACUUCUCCUGGUAACAGGGAGGGAAAGCCCUGAAAGACUGACUGACGGAUGUAAGGAUUCAAAUCUACGUAUGACAACUGCUGAGGCUCAAGUAACUUAAAUAUCAGCUGACAAACUAAGCAAAACCCAUCAAAGUGCCACCUGUCUAGAAAUUCCUCGACUGUUGGAGAUGCUGACAUUGUACCGCUGCUCAGAAGCAAAUGUCACGUCCAACGAAACAACUACUUUUAACUUUAUUUUGGGAAACCACUGUGUUUCUCUGCCUUGAACAGAGGAUACAAACAGACUUGUGUUAAAAAGGGAGACAUUUGCGAGUAGAAAUGUUGACUACUACUGGCUUUUUUUUUUUACGUCAGACACUGGUGGCUACACACUGUAACAUAUACAAAAUAAUUACUGAACAUUUGCCUGAAGUGUACUUUUUUCUACCAGUUUACAAAAGGAUCCUAGUCCUAGUUGCUUUUGCUAAGGAAGGCCUUAUACGAACUCCUUGAACAUGUAACUAAUGUACUCACCUCAGUGCUUAACAUGUACUUGGUUUUGUCUGUCUCUUUUUACAUGUAUGUUAGACUUUUUUUGUAUUUAUAUACAUUUUAAUCCAUGUA